AAUCUCAUUUCAUUUAAUAACACCAUGACUAAAUUUUUGUGCACCGCUUUUCUCCUCUUCUUAUUCAUGUUUUUAUCGGUCUCCUUCGCUACAACAUCGCCAAAAGCAAAACCCCGUAGCUACGAGCCAUGCAAACGCUUGGUCUUAUACUUCCAUGAUGUCAUAUACAACGGAAAGAAUGCAAUGAACGCGACCUCAACUAUCGUGGCAGGCCCUGAAAACACCAACAAAACAAUCUUGGCCGGAAAUUUCCAUUUUGGGAAUAUUGUUGUUUUUGAUGAUCCUAUUACUCUCGAUAACAAUUUCCAUUCCCCACCUGUGGGGCGAGCUCAAGGAAUGUAUAUUUACGACACUAAAAACACUUUCACAUCUUGGUUAGGGUUUUCCUUUUAUCUCAACUCAACGGAUUGUCAUGGCACAAUUAACUUUUUGGGAGCAGACCCUAUCAUGGUGAAACAAAGAGAUAUAUCUGUGGUGGGAGGUACUGGCGAUUUCUUCAUGCAUCGAGGAAUUGCCACCAUCAUGACGGAUGCAUUUGAAGGGGAGGUUUAUUUUCGCCUUCAAGUCGAUAUCAAAUUCUACGAGUGCUGGGAAAAUUGAUAAAUUAAGAUUAAAACUUCUCAUUUCACGCAAAAUUAAAUAAUCUUGUAUGUGGUCAUAGUUUGGUCACAUCUACUUGAAUUCAAUGUAUGUUUUGCUCUUUGAUGAAACUGUUUCAUUUCA